GACUGGAAGUUUAAAAUGCUCCACUGCUCAGACUGGUGUGCUGCUGAGUGGGUCAGACAGGAGGAGUGUUUGCAUUCUGCACCAGUCUGCUGUUUUAAUAUUCAUGGAGCUGUUGUGUUUUUGGCUUACCCUCCUACUUGGACUGUGUGUCAGAUCCUCUUUUGCUCUUCCAUCCACACAUUACGCACAGCAUGCGUUGUUUCAAAGUCCUCAGAUCACAGAGAGCUCCAAACACCAUGAGCAACAAAAGGUUGCAGCUGAGGAGCGAGAGCAGGUGAAUACGGUCAGGGUGACCUGCCAUCCGGACUCGUUGGAGAUUGUCAUCAAAGCCGACAUGUUUGGAGUUGGAGCGCCUGUUAAUGGUGAUGAGUUACGCCUUGGAGUGGAGUACAAUGAUUAUUGUAGGCCUACAACGUCUUCAGGAGAUGAGUACAGAAUCAUUGUUGGACUUGUGGACUGCGGCACCAAACACUGGAUGACUGAGGACUCUCUGGUCUAUACAAACCUCCUCAUAUACUCUCCUGUGGUCUCUCCAGACGGGGUGAUUCGGAUGGAUGAGGCUGUAAUUCCAAUUGAGUGUCAUUACGAAAGGAAGUACAGCUUGUCCAGUUCUUCACUCAUGCCUACAUGGAUCCCCUUCACGUCCACCCAGUCUGCAGUGGAAACCUUGGACUUUAAUUUGAGAAUCAUGACAAAUGACUGGCUGUAUGAAAGAAGCUCUAAUGUGUAUCACCUUGGUGAGCCCAUCAGCAUCGAAGCCUCAGUCAGAGUUGGAAACCACAUGGGGCUCCGAGUGUUUCUGAGCAGCUGUGUGGCGACACUUAACCCAGACAUUUAUUCUGUUCCCAGAUACGUCUUCAUUGAAAAUGGGUGCUUGGUUGACUCCCAGCUUCCAGGUUCAAGGUCACACUUCCUAACCAGGUCACAGGAUGACAAGCUCCAGUUGGUCAUUGAUGCCUUUAGGUUUCAUAAUGAGGACAGAGGAGAGCUCUACAUCACCUGCCACCUGAAUGCUGUACCAGUAAAUGAUGCAGAGGCACUAAAUAAGGCGUGCACUUUUGUAAAUGGAAGAUGGCGGUCCGCUGAUGCUAACGACUACUUAUGUGGGUAUUGUCAAAGCCAAAACCAAAAUGAAAUUGGCCAACCCAGCGGUAAACCAAGCAGCCCUGGCAAGUUUGCUCCUCGUGGGUUUGGGAAGCCAGAUGAGCCUGAAGCCCUCUGGAGGAGCGCACUGAAGACCAAUACAGUGUGGGAAAAGGAGGCAAGCGUGGGUCCAAUGAUGGUCUUGCCAGGCAUGCAGAAAAGCGGGCCUAUACCUGUGGAAGACCUCCCUCCUGUUCUCAAGAAAAUCAGCAGACCUGCACUGUAUGGCAGCCAGUGGAGGAGUGGGGUGAACAACAAAAGAGUUGAUGAGAGGAAAGAGCUGCUCCCUGAUUCACCAUCUACACCAGACCAGGUGGAGGUUCAGACAUCUCAACUGGACAAACGUGUUGAAAGCGGAACAGACCUAACAACAGAUGGUGAUGCUGAGAGAGUUGCUCCACAUCUAGAAAAAGUAUCUCCUGAGUUCAGCUUGAAAACAAAGGCAGCAGUGUUGGACAAUAACAGCACAGUGGCCAUCAGUGACGUCAGCCCCACUGAUCCGUCUCCUGUGGAUGUGACUACACCGUCAAAUGCAACAGAUUCUGACCUUUCAGAAGAUGACCCAAAGAGAGGUGAAAUGCUAAUCACAGGUCACUCAGCCUCACUGGCACUGCUGAUAUCAUUUGCUUUUGGUGUGGCAGAUGCCAUUCGAAGUUUGAAAGGUGGACCCCUGAUCGAUGCUGAAGGAAGGGAAUAUAAAUCUGCUACAUUAAGAGCUGAUGCAGAAGACAUUAGUGGACCACAACUCAAUGACGGCUCCCCUGUCCGUGUACGAUGCACAGAAGGCACCAUGAUCAUUAUGGUAAAGGCUGACCUGUAUGAAAAAGGACGUCCAGUGUCUGUUGGGGAGCUUUUUUUGGGAGAAGCUGAGCAUUCACAGAGCAGUCAGUGCCGAGCUGUUGCUGCUGGUGAAGCUGAAUAUGUCAUUGAAGCCAGACUGCAAGACUGUGGCUCCAAGUUAACUAUAUCUGACGACUCUGUGAUCUACUCAAACAAGCUGAUUAUCUCACCAGCUGCCCGUUACCAUGGCAUUACUAGGGUCACCCAUGCUGUAGUUCCUGUUUCCUGUCACUAUAAAAGGACACACAUUGUGAGCAGUAAUUCUCAGCAGUUAGCCCUGACACCCUCCACUCCUGCAAAGUCUUCCACAGCUGCUUUCUCUCUAAAGCUGAUGGCUGAUGACUGGAGAGGUGAGAAGUUCUCCAAUGUCUUCUACCUUGGAGAUCUCCUGCACCUCGAGGCUUCUUACACUGGUCCCGAUGCAGAACAAAGACGACUCUUCAUCAACAGCUGCGUCGCCACUCUGUCACCUGACCCAACAUCAGUCCCCAGAUACAACUUAAUUGAAAACCAUGGGUGCCUCACUGAUGCAAAAGAGGAAGGCUCAAAUGCACUGUUCCGACCCAGGAUGAGAGCUUCUUCGCUUCAACUGCAGCUUGAUGCUUUCCUGUUUUACCAGGAUUCAAGGAACUCAAUAUUUAUCACUUGCCAGCUGAAAGCGACUUCUGAAAUGUGGAAGAGAAGUCCAGUCAACAAGGCCUGCAAUUAUGUACAUUCAAGGUGGAUAAAUGUGGAUGGGAGUGAUGUUUGUGGAUGUUGUGACAGUACCUGUUACAACAGUUCUUCAACCCACAAUAAAAGCAAGAGACGUCUGAUCCCGAAAGAUAUUGUGGCAUGUGGAGCUCUAACUCUCGGCCCUGUGAUGGUUUUCCCCAGCAAGUAGACAAAGAAUAAAAAUCCAGACAAACAGUGAA